AUGGCGACGCGAUUCGGCAGGGCCGGCGAGGCGGCUCUGGCGGCCGGCUGCGGCGGGAUCGGCCGGAGGGGUGCGGGCGAAGCUUGGGCGGCGACGGCUCCAGCCACAUCAGAUCCUGCGGGGGAGAGGGAGAAGGAAGUUGGUAGAGUGACUGAAAGAGUGAUUUCGCCAUCCACAUCCACAUCCCCCCAAACUCCAUCUCCUUCCUCCUGCUGCCGACCCAACCCCAAGGCCGCUCCAAAAUCUCCCCUCUGGCCCGCCACCGUCACCGCCACCGCCUGCCGUGCCGCACCUCGGCUCCGCCCACCGCCGACGCCUGAAGCCGCCGCCACUGCCGUCUCCCCCCUUUCCCUCGUCGCGCUCCUGCUGCCUCCCCCGCCCGGCUCGCGGCCCCCGGCCGUUGAUUUUCGAGGGCGUGAUGCUGACCGGUUCCUCCACCGUGCUCCCGCGCCGCCGCCGCUGCUGAUUCCGCAGUCUAACCUCGCGGCCUCGGUGCCCGGCGCCAGCCGCAGGGACAAAGGCCUCACGUUGCAGAAAAAGGCGGUCUUGGCGCCGCCGGCGCGAACCGCCGAGACUUGCCCCAAUGUGGUUGUGGUUCCACGCACGGUCGCCGGCACCACCGGACAGAGUGCUGCUGCCCAAAGGGGGAAGGGUAGGGGCAGGUUGGCCGGCUACGGCGGGUCCAUCCCGGCGAUGCUGUACGCGCUGGAGCGCGUCCGGGACGUCGGGGAGGCCCUGUGGCCGUGGAGGGACACGCUGAGCAGCCGGGAGAGGACCAUCAUCCUCAAGGAGCAGAAGGACUGGAAGCGGGUGGUCGAGAUUUUCGACUGGUUCCGCCGGCAGAGGCGCCACGAGGUCAAUGUGAUCCACUACAAUGUCGUGCUCUGCGCGGUCGGGCGCGCGAGGAGAUGGGGCCUCGUCGCCGGCCUGUGGCACCAGAUGCAUUCCAGCGGUGUGGCGCCGGAUAACGCGACGUACGGUACGCUGAUCGAUGUGUACUGCAAAGGGGGCAGAGAGACGGCGGCGUUGCUGUGGCUCGGGGACACGUGCAAGCGCGGCUUGGUGCCUGACGAGGUCACCAUGAGCACUGUCCUUCAUGCGCAUAAGAAGGCUGGAGAGUAUGAGAAGGCAGAGAUUUUCUUUCAAAGAUGGUCGUCCGAAUCAGAUACAAGGUUGGACGGACAUCUUUGCUAUAGCUUGUAUACCUACAACACCUUGAUUGAUACUUAUGGAAAGGCUGGGCAGCUUGAGAAAGUGUCAGACAUGUUCAACCAAAUGUUGAGGGAAGGUGUCGCGCCGAGCAUUAUUACAUUCAACACGCUGAUUCAUGUUUGGGGUAAACACCGUAAGAUGGAGCAGGUGGCUUCUUUGGUGAGGAUGAUGGAGGAGUUUCAGUGCCUUCCUGACACCAGGACGUACAAUACACUGAUCUCACUAUACAGAGAAAGCAAUGAAAUUGAUGCUGCAGAGCACAACUUCUGUAAGAUGAAAGCUGAAAAAUUGGUGCCGGAUGUUGUGAGCUGCCCCACACUAUUGUAUGGGUACUGUACUAGGGGAAUGGUCAGUAAAGCAGAAGACCUUGUUAAAGAAAUGGACGAGAGUGGCCUGGUGAUCGAUGAAUACACGCAGUCAGCUCUAACGAGGAUAUAUGUAAAUGCUGGGAUGCUUGAGCAGUCUUGGUGUUGGUUUGAGAGGUUCUGUAAUCAGAUGGACUCCGAGUGCUUUUCUGCAAAUAUUGAUGCAUUUGGGAAGAAAGGGUACAUAAACCUUGCAGAAAAGGCUUUUAUGUGUUGCCUGGAGAGGAAGAUGCUUAGCGUUUCUGUGUGCAAUGUUAUGAUCAAAGCAUAUGGGUUAGCAGAGAAGCUUGAUGAGGCCUGUGAGAUAGCCGCUGGCAUGGAGAGGUACGGUGUACUACCUGAUUACUUGACUUACAGUUCUCUCAUUCAACUCCUGUCAACUGCUAAACUGCCAGAGAAAGCUCUGUACUACUUGAGAAAGAUGCAAGCAGCUAAAAUGCCGAUUGACUGUGUUCCAUACUCUGUGGUGAUUAGCAGCUUUACUAAGAAUGGGAAUUUGCACAUGGUUGAAUGCCUAUUUAGAGAAAUGGUCACUUUGGGGGUCCACGCGGAUUCAUAUGUUUACUCUAUCUUAAUUGAUACAUAUGCUGAAGUUGGAAAUGUCCAGCAAGCUGCAGCAUUUUUUGGUUUAGUGACAAAGGCUGGUUUGUGUGACAGUGCUUCAAUCUACAAUUCUUUGAUCAAACUCUACACCAAAGCAGGGUAUCUGGCAGAGGCCCAAAAAACAUACAAGCUUCUGAAAUCAUUAGAUACUGACACCAACCUUUAUGCAUCCAACUGCAUGAUUGGCCUCUACAGUGAUCAUUGUAUGGUGAACGAAGCACGUGAGCUUUUUGAGAAUUUGAAGAUUACGGGAAGUGCAAAUGAAUUUUCAUAUGCGAUGAUGGUGUGCUUGUACAAGAAAGUUGCUCGCUAUGAUGAAGCUCACAGGAUCUCCAAGGAAAUGCAAGCUUUAGGGCUUCUAACUCAAGCAUUAAGUUAUAAUUCUGUGAUUCAGAUGUACGUAUCUGGUGGGAAAAUGGAAGAGGCUGUGAAAAUAUUUCAGAAGAUGUUGGCAUCAAGCACACCACCAAACGAUGUAACUUUCAAGGCACUAAAACCAAUUCUAGUGAAAGAAGGAGUUGCAAAUAUUGAGAUUGCAAAAUUAGAGUCUCUCAGAAGGUGUAACACUCAAGAUUGCUUGAAUCAGUGGUACAGGGCACUAGCUCUGGUUGUAAGAUCAGAUGGGACUACCUCUCGACGUACUAUGGGUCACUCUUGUACAAGGAUACAUUCUUUUUACAUUGACAGUUUCUAGAGGAGAGCAUUCUGGAACAGACUCAAAUCAGAACUCAGUUGAAACAGAAUUGGUUUGAGGAAGAGAAAAGUAACUGUGAGGGUUGUGAAAAUGCUGCUUGCCAGGAACGAAGACCACUGCCAAAGUACUGGAAGAUCUUGGCCAUUCGGGUGCUUCACCAGGUACAACUAGUUGGUGUAGGCUGUGAUUUCCUUCUGGAACAAGAACUUGGCUCAGAUCAUCAUUUGAUUUUUCUUACUGGCUUGGUACAAAAAGGUAUGGCAUAUUUGAUACUAUGCAGCUGCAACAGGCGGUUUACGGAGAUCUUGCAAUAAUGGUGUUUAAUUGCCAUGUAUGGUAUGUACAUGGAAUAGGGAUACAAUGUUGGAAAAAAAAACAUGACAACUCCGGUGUGCCUUUGAUGAAGAUCAAGGGAUCCACGCUGCUAAUGAGUUCGAAGCACCAGAGUCUGGAACCAAGUCUGUAAUCUGGAAAAGCAGUGCAAUGCAAUGCUGUGAUGUUGAUGUGUUGUUAUCACUGGUUACCCUGCUUUCAUGUAUUAUUAUCAGUUUCUUGCUACUAUCAGUCUUCAAAGUUGCAAGUAAAUUUACGAUGGAAGAUGGAGCUCUGUAAAUUUAUUUAUUCAGAAUUAUAUUGUCGA